CGUGGAUUGGAUAGUGCGUUCCGUCGGUAGUGUUGUUAUUCAAAAAUGUAGUAAUGUCGUAAAAUGUGCGGAAAUUAUGCUAAUUUCUCUUAUCCAAGACUUCCAUAUUAUAACUUUAAGUUUAAAGUGGUUGUGUGCUUCUGAAGUGACAUAAUUAUUUGUUUACUUUAAUCAGGAUUUUAAGUUUAAGUUAACAACAUGCCCAAGCUCCAUGUACCAGCAGCUCUUCUGGUCCGAGUAGUGCUGCCAAGUGCACUGCUAGUCAGUAUAGCACUACGCCCGUUCGGUUUAUCAUUUAUAUACCUUCUCCUCUACCUAAUAGCACCUCUAACACAAGUGCCAUCCCCGCAAACGAUACGAGGAUGGCCGGGCAGGUUUCUUUGUUUAACCUUCGUGGUUUCAGUUCUGCUCUUAUUAUUACACAUAGCAUGGCACAUAGUCCUGGCCGCGUUCCCGCCCUACGGGUCGCUACCACACGAAAACCCCCUCGUGGAAAUUAUCGGUCGGAACUUGGGCCUGGUGCCCUAUGAUUUUAUAGAUCCAACAAUGGCCAUACAUUACUUGGCACCGGAGCUAUUGAUGGCAAUCGUUUCGUCAUUGGUAUACGUGUUGGUAAAAAAGUUACUGUCGGGACCAAACCGCCCCGAAGAAAAGCCCAGCUCGAAACAUCAAAAAUAUCCGCUCCUCACCAGUGCCGGCAAAUACCUAUGCCUCUUCCUAAUAAUGUUCUCCGGUAUCAUGCUCCCGAGCGUGACGUCAGGCAUCUACUUCCUCAUAUUCAUGGGCGCGGCAACGGCGUGGUCUCUGGGCCAGCCGCUAGAGCGCGGCUUCGCGGUGGUCGGUCGCUGCCUUAUGGCCAUCAUGGCGGUGCACAUAGCGGUGCUGCUCGCCUAUCAGUGCACGUGGCUGCUGGAAUUAUAUCCGCCUGAAAUGAAUUUAGCAAGGUAUUUCGGUCUAACACAGUUGGUAAACCUCACCGAGACCAACCCUGCCAGUUUUUCCUACGAAACGAGCAGCAAGUACUCUUGGGCUACUGUAGCCAGCCCAUUAGUUAUACUCUUCACUUACUACGUCUUAGGAGUAGAGACGCGAGAACUAUUCAAACCAAAGGGGAAAAAAAAGAGUGCCCUGACCGGAGUAGAGGCGGGCAAGUCGAAUGGCUCGCUUGUGCGAGGAGUGUCGUUCCACCGCGGCGGUUCCCUCAACCCUAAGGAAAAGUGGAUGAAUGCCACUAAGACCGUCCGACUGAUCCGCAAUAUGAGCCCCAGCAAGCGGUGGCCGGCCGGGCGGUCGCGCUCAUCCAUCAGGAGGCUGCAACAGGACCCAUCCGGCUCUGUGACUAUUCCAGAUGAAGAAUCUAAUACGGAAUUGAACGAGCCAACACUGAUGGAUGAUAUAUUAGCUGCUAUAAUAGAUUUCUUCCAAGUUGUGAUCAGAUCGUCGUACAUAGCGACCACGAUCACAAUGAUGGCGUGGAGCAUAAUGUACCACUCGUGGUUGACGUUCGUGUUCCUGAUGUGGGCCAACAUCGUGUGGCUGUGCCAGGACCAGCGCUCCUUCAUGCUGAAGACCAGCCCCGUGCUGGUGCUGUACGCCAUGCUGCUGCUGCUCGCGCAGUACAUCUACGGCAUGGACUUGACGGAGGCCGAGCUGCCGUCCUCCAUUUAUAAUGAAACGGGCGUCAACCUACAGCAGAUAGGCCUAAGUCCACCGCCCGGGAUGCCGUUAGUGCCUCUACUCAUCAAGUCCCUCUUCACGUGCAUGUUCUGGGUGACGUUGCGUCAGCGCGUGCAGGAGAUCAGGCAGCGACGCCAGUCCGCCGUCAUCACGGACAUGGCGGCGCCGCUGCAGCUGACAGUGUCUACUGCGGCCAGUGUAAUAGAAGCGCAGCGUGAGGACGAACGACGUUCGCGUUUAUUGAGCAAAGUGGGGGACUUCCUCAGGGCAGCGUGCGCUCGCUACUGGAUAUACGUGGUCGUCAUAAUGCUAUUCGUCAUCGGUAUCACGGGCACAAGAAUGACAAUCUUCCGAAUAGUCUACAUGUUCUUAUGCCUCGGAUUUAUACUGAUGUUCCAAAUGAGCUGGUACUGGUGGCGGCGGCUGAUGUAUGUCUUCUGGAUAACAGUGAUCAUAUACUCCAUGAUCAACCUCAUCCUCCUUUACAUAUACCAAUUUGACGGCUUCCCCAAUACUAUUGAGAAGUACCUGCACAUCUCAGUACAACUGCAAAAUGACCUCGGGUUGGAGCCAUACCAUCCGGCGGACUUGUUCGUCAAGCUUCUGACGCCCACUUGCUUUUUGAUAAUAACUAUAAUGCAGGUGCACUACUUCCAUAAAGACUUCAUGGCCCUCUCGGAUCCGAACACUAGUACAAAUACUAAUAGUAAACCCAGAAAUGGAAAUGAGUCGAGCAGACCUAGCAACGCCGGCGCAUCCACCAUGAAAGACGAUGUGCCACCAUUGCCACUUGAGGAGGAAGCAGACAAAGUAUCAGUGACAGGUUCUAUUACCGAAGUGGAACAGUCGUUAUCUACGUAUAAUACUAAACGUAACUUGCACAGGAAACCAUCUCGGUCGCGAUCGUACGCUCCCACGAUCACGGAGCCCCGCUCCACGCCGUUCCGGCAGUGGUUCGCGGGGAGGUGCGCCUCCUUCAAGGCCGGCCUGUACGUGUGGGUCGACUACCUCUUCAUGUACAUGUACUUGCACCUCACUAAAGUUGUGUUCCUGUCGCUCACUCUGGUUUGCGUUAUGCGGGUGUGCGCUAUGCACGUACCAAUAAUGCUUAUAGUAACCCCAGCACUACUACUCAACGCUAAGAAACAGCGCAUCAUCAUUCUCUUCAUAUCCACACUUAUCACAGUUUACUUUAUGGCCAAGAUGGUUUACCAAAUAGAAUACAUCCGGCCUAGUCUGUUUGAUGUCAACUGUACUAGCUAUUAUAACGAAUCAAAGGAAACUACGUAUAACAACGCAGAAUGGCUCGGUUUUACUAAAAAUAGGAACUUGGCGGUGCUGCUUAAAGACUACAUAGGGCUUAUAGUCGUGUUCACAUUCCAUUCUCUAGUCACGUACCGACAGCAAACAAAGAGGGAUCAAGGAUGGAUAUCCAAUCAACAAGAGAAGCUUCUGUUUCCCGAGGUCACGCGCAAGGAGGCUGACAUAAAUUUGGUUCACUGCGCAAAGUACAUGAUCAACUAUGGUUUUUACAAGUUCGGUGUUGAGGUGACCCUAAUAUGCUUAAUAGGUGUAAUAGGAUCGCGUAUGGACGUAUACGCAAUACUGUACUCCUUCUGGCUGCUACUCCUGGUGUCAUUAAAGAGACCGAGCCAGGCGCGGGUGUGGGCGGCUUUCACUGUGUUCAUCACGAUCCUGGUGCCUAUACAGUACAUGAUAGCGGUUGGAUUCCUGCCGCAGUUCUGCAUCACUUAUCCAUGGGGAACGGAUACUGCUAGCGAUAAGGACCUCCGAACGUUCCUGUUCCUCCCAUACGCUGACAGUCCGCCGCACGCCACCAAGCUCGUGUUCGACUUCUGCCUGUUGGUGUUCGCGUCGCGACAACUUCGUGUGUUCAGACUCGAACGGAAGGGCGAGGAGUAUCCGGGCGGGUCGAAUAGCGAGGAUAUAGGGCAGGACUGGGAGACGCCGAGCUUCGUCAAUCCUGUGCCGGACUUCCUUGGAGUUGUCGGCACUUGGCUAGACGUCCUAAAGCGCAUGGUGUUCCUGGGCAUGCUGUGGGUUACCCUGGCCAUCAUGUUCCUGACGGGCACGAACCGCGUCAAUCUGUUCUCGAUGGGGUACCUCAUCGGCUCGUUCAUAUUCCUGUGGCAGGGGACGGACUUCUAUUUGAGACCGAAGCAGGCUAUUUUACAAUGGUGGUCAUGGCUCCUUCGCUACAACGUGUCCGUAGUGGCGAUAAAGGUGAUACUCCAAAUCCCGGGUUGCCUUUUCCGCGAGACGACGCAACUGCACGCCUGUUGGUUGGUGCAACUGCUGGGUAUAGGCUGCGUGGACAAGUUUACUGGCACCCUUGGAACUUAUAUUAAGAUGCCGACUCCUAUUACGGACUCAAAAUGCAAAGUACCUCAAGAAGACAUCGGGCUGGCUUGGGACGGCGUGUGCUUCGCCUUCCUAAUAUUGCAGCGGAGACUCUUCCACAGUUACUACUUCUACAGAGUUAUAGAUGAGAGCAAGGCUACCACCGUUCUAGCGUCCAGAGGAGCCGAGCUUAUUGAAGAGCUGCGACAAAAACAAAUGCAUCUCCAAGAGGACCAGGAAAUCAGGAUAUUAGAAAAGAUCAAAGUGAAGAUGGAGAGAAUAAAAGCCAACCAGAAAAAGAUCCACGGGGUUUUGCACAAGGACCCGAAACACCAUGAUCGAGGAUUAGAAAGUGAGCGUCCUCUAUAUGAGCGACGGAUACACACAAACAGGUUUAAAGCGCCCGAGGGGCCGUAUAAGCAGCCGACCAGCCAUCAGAGGGCUGUUCGGUCGGGAGACUACUACAUGUUCGACGACUUCGAUGACACCGAGGUUCCUCUGAAGGAGGAAGAGUCAAGCGAAGACGAGGACGCGCCCAAGGAAAUGGGCUUGGGCAAGCUACUGUCGACGGCGAUCAAGACGGACUUGAAGCAGGCGGUGCGCCGCGCGUCCAUGCCGACCGUGCGCUCGCGGCGCCGCCUCUCCGCCGGGACCAUUCCCCACUCGUACCCGCACGAGGUGCGUCGACAGCCGAGCGUUGCGCAGAAAAGCGACCUAACGGACCAAGAACGAGAAGGUGACGGGGUUUCAGAACUAGACGAUUUCGCACCGGAGCCCGAGAAAGAAACGAUAGUGGACAAAUGCCGGCGCUACUUGAACACAGCGUGGGUGUUCAUCUCCAGUUUCCUCGUGACGGCGACGCGGCAUCUCAUGCGGUACUCCCGGGACUACCGCUACGUCUCGCGAGCUCUGUCCAUGGAGAAAAAGAUACUCAAGGAAAAAGAAGGCUUUGGUAUCGGACUUCGUGAGGGAUCGCAAAUGAUCUGGGAACCCCUGCCGGAGACCCUGGCACAUCCUGUGCACUUGGAACCGGAAUCUUAUGAUAACAAUCUACUCGCCCCGGAUGUGGAAAUGGGCCGUAAGUUAAGCGAUAUAAGCGUCCCGGAGAUCCGUAUCCUGGCGCCGAGCAUGGAGCGCGGGCUGGACGCGACGCCGCCGUCGCGCCGCGCCUCGCCGCCGCUCUCCGACACAGACUCCGACGAUGACGACACGUCCGAACACGAGAGCGCGUUUAGUUUGCAGACUACUGAGAGCAAAGACCUGACGAUACUAGAGGAACAAGAGGACUCGAUGUUCAAGCAGGGCCGGUCGCCGUUCCUGCAUCUCGCGUACGCGCUGUGGUUCGCCGUCUUGGCGCACACCGACAUUGUCUGCUACAUCAUGGUUUUCAUAAACCAGAUUCAGUCAGCGACCAUUUUAUCGAUACCUUUGCCGAUGAUGGUGUUUCUGUGGGGCACUCUCACCAUACCUCGACCGACCAAGACGUUCUGGGUUACUCUCAUUGCAUAUACGGAGGUAAUCGUCCUCAUCAAGAGCAUGUUCCAAUUCGAAAUCCUACCGUGGAACCAGAAGAUUUACCUCACCAACGUGCCGUUCACUGCCCCACGCAUCAUCGGCAUCGAACGAAAAGGCAAUUAUGCCCUCUACGACCUGCUGUUGCUGCUCAUUAUAUUCUUACAUAGGUUCAUGUUAAAAUCCCUGGGUCUCUGGAAGGAAUCCAGCCCCGAAAUAGAUCUCCGCGAGGACACGGAGUACCCGCUCACGUCCGAAGACACGCAGAUGAUCGUAGAAGGCAAGUCGGAAGACGUUGGCAAGAAAUACGUGCAGUUGCACGAUCGAUCCGGCCCCCUUGACGAGACAGUGGAGGGAGUGAGCCAGCGGACAGGCUCGAGGAACGACCCCGACGACGAUCAGGAGAGGGAGCAGGCAUACCAGGAGCAGGCCGGGCCGUCCAGGCCGCCCGAGGACGGCGACGACCAUUACAAAGUAAAUGACGAUGAGGAGCCAAUCAUCGCCGUGACGACGACACUAGGUGACAAAUAUCAACAUUAUCCUGAACUUAUGUUGCUGUCGGUGAAGCGCUACAUGCGGCCGAUGAAGAGCUUCUUCCAGCGAAUGCUAGCGCCGGGCGCGCGCGUCACCGCCGACGUGUACGCAUACAUGUUCCUGUGCGACUUCUUCAACUUCCUUGUCGUCAUCUUCGGCUUCGCUGCCUUCGGGACCCACCAAGGCGACGGCGGCGUGAAAGCGUACCUGGAAGAGAACAAGGUCCCGAUCCCGUUCCUCGUGAUGUUGAUCCUCCAAUUCGCGCUCAUAGUGAUCGACCGCGCGCUGUACCUGCGCAAGUUUAUGCUGGGCAAGAUACUGUUCCAGUACGGGCUCAUUAUAGGCGUGCACGUGUGGAUGUUCUUUGUGCUGCCCUUUAUUACUGAAAGAACAUUCAACGCGUUGCUCCCGCCUCCGAUGUGGUACAUGAUAAAGUGCGUGUACCUGCUGCUGUCCGCGCAUCAGAUCCGCUGCGGGUACCCGCGCCGCAUCAUCGGCAACUUCCUUUGCAAGUCGUACGGUUUCCUCAACAUGAUCUUCUUUAAGUGUUUCAUGGCUGUGCCGUUUGUGUUCGAGUUGCGGACCCUAAUGGACUGGAUCUGGACGGACACAUCCAUGACGCUCAUGGACUGGUUGAAAAUGGAGGACAUAUUCGCCAGUGUUUUCUUACUAAAGUGUUCCCGCUUCGUGGAGGACGAGUACCCGGCGCCGCGCGGCACGAAGCGGCCCGCCAUGUCCAAGUACCUGCUCGGCGGGACCGUGCUCGCCUUCGUUAUUGCCAUCAUCUGGUUCCCCUUGGUCUUCUUCGCUUUUGGCAACACGGUGGGACAACCCAACCCCCCGACGGACGUGACGGUCAAGAUACGCAUCGGACCGUUCUUGCCAGCCUACCAGAUGUCGGCACAGUCACAUGACAUUUAUCAGUACACAGAGGAGGACUACAAUGAGCUAAGCAACCAAUACGCCCUCGACCGUACGGCCCAGACGUUCCUGUCCAACUACAUGUACAACGACGUGGCGGUUAUCAGCCUCAACCCCAACUCCACCAUGAACUGGGACAUCUCGCAGCCCGAGCUCGACCGGCUCGAGCGUGAGGCUAUCUCUAACAAUUCGCUUUUGAUCAAGUUCACGUUUACGAUAUCGCACCCGAGCAACAACGCGCAGAACCCUCCGACUAUAGAGGACAGUCGCGAGAUGCCGCUGGACGCGUUCUACGCCAACGGCACUAGGAACAAGGAGAGAGACACGCUACUUCAUCUGUUGCAGAACAAUGCUUCCGCUAACACUUGGUUGAACGUGCCAAAACUAUUUCCCAAGUUCUUGAAAGUGUUCAACAAAGGAACGGCGAAACCGGCCUAUCAGCUGAUACAUGGAGACCCAGAGGACGAAGCGACUCAGUAUCGCGACGUGCAGCUGAGACUGGAGAGAGAUAAGGACACCAUGUAUUGGCGAGUGCACGAGUUUUGUAAUGAGAAGGUAAAAUUGCUGAACAUACCAAAGAACAGUUGUGACAUGCUGGUCAUGUUCACGUUCAACGACAAGCUGUUUCCUGAGACGCUCAACUUUAUUUCCGGCGGAGGGAUCAUCGGUCUGUACACAACGUUCGUGUUCCUAGCGUCUCGCCUGCUGCGCGGGUUCUUCUCCGGCAUCUACACCAAGAUCAUGUUCGACGACCUGCCCAACGCCGACAGGGUGCUACAGCUCUGUCUGGACAUCUACUUGGUCCGUGAAGCCUUGGAACUCGCGCUCGAGGAGGACCUGUUCGCGAAACUAGUGUUCCUGUACCGGUCGCCGGAGACCAUGAUCAAGUGGAGCCGGCCCAAGGACGAGGACGCCGACGAGCAGCGCGCGCUGCCGCCGCUCCCGAGGAACUGA